AUGUGGCCAUCUCCUGCUGAUGUUGGAGCGGUGACAGUGGUGAGCCAGACUGAGACCAGUAUAACUCUGACGUGGGACAAAGUUGAUGGCAUCGCAACAUACGACCUGUUCUAUAAUGAUGAUGGGACAAAUAAAACAGAGAGGAUCGAUCGGCCAAAUGGUGACCAAGUGCAAUAUGUGGUUUCUGAUCUGACGGCUGGAACAUUAUACACUUUCACUGUCUUCACUGUGGAUUCUGAGGGACUCAGAAGCAAUGGCCGCACCUUUACAGCUCCGACAGCUCCAAGAAAUAUUCAAAAUUUGAAGGCAGUGAGCCAGAGUGAGACCAGUAUAACUCUGCAGUGGGCAACAGUUGACGGCAUCGACCAUUACAUUCUUGUGUCUGAUGGACGUGAGACAACAAUUGAUGCAUCUGAAGUGUCACACACCAUUUCAAGUCUGACAAGUGGGACAGAGUACAGUUUCACUCUCUUCACUCAAUUCAGAAACGUCAGAAGCAGUGGAGCAAUCCUUACUGCUGUCACUGCUCCAAGAAAUGUUCAAAAAGUGAUGGCAGUGAGACAGACUGAGACCAGUAUAACUCUGCAGUGGGAAAAAGUUGACCGCAUUGACCGUUACAUUCUUGUAUUUGAUGAAAAUGAGACGAUAAUUGAUGCAUCUGAAGUGUCACACACCGUUUCAAAUCUGAUGAGUGGGACAGAGUUCAGUUUCACUCUCUUUACUGAAUUUAAAAAUGUCAGGAGCAGUGGAGCAAUCCUUACUGCUGUCACCGCUCCACGAAAUGUUCAAACUGUGACUGACGUGAGCCAAACUGAGACCAGUAUAACUCUGCAGUGGGAUAAAGUUGACGGUGUUGACCGUUACAUUCUUGUGUCUGAUGGAAAUGAGACGCCAAUUGAUGCAUCAGAAGUGUCACACACCAUUCCAGAUCUGGAUAGUGGGACAGAGUACAGUUUCACUGUCUUUACUGAAUUCAGCAACGUCAGAAGCAGUGGAGUAAUCCUUACUGCUGUCACUGUUCCUCCGAUGGUGGAAUCGGUCACCGCGGUGGAGCGCACACUGACCAGCAUCACGCUACAGUGGAGGAACACCAACACAGCCUGGACAUACCAGCUUGAAAUUGAACACCGUAAUGAGACGGUUGAUGUGGGAGGGUCAUUAGGUGAUGUGAGGGAAACCGUCAGAGACCUCAAACCUGGAACAAAGUACACAUUCAGAGUGAUCACAGUGUUUGAACACAAAAGUAAACCUUAUGAAGUCGUCACUCUAACAGUGAUUGAUUGUCAGAGUAUAAACUGGCAGAUUACGAGCACGUCCAUCCAAGCAGCAGUUGAUGGGGAGUUCACGAAGGCAACGCUCCAGAAUGAAACAGGAAGUCCUCUCAGUGUUCGUCAAAGUGUAUCAUUUACUGGACUUUACCCUGGAGGAACCUAUAAAAUAGUUCUUGAAUAUGAACGCCUCCUGCAGUGUGAUCACAACCUAACAGUGUCUCCGUCUGACCCGGUAGGCCGCUGUGAGUACGAGGCCUCUGGAUAUUCGAUCGGCGUAGUUUGGGAUGAACCGCUUGGUGUGUGCACUCAAGCAGAAGUCAACGUGUCGGGGAGUAAAAACCUUUUCGACUGUGGGGAGCGGUAUGGUGUCGUCGGAGGAUUCCAACCUGCCAGAACAUACCAAGUGUCUUUAGUUUUACUCUCUGGAGAUGCCAGGAGCCAGAAUACAUUUGUUUUUGACUGUCAUACUGACCCAAGGGGAGUCAUUGCAGGGUCGGUCAUGGCUGUGCUGAUUUUCAUCAUCCUGGUCUGUGUGGCCCUCUUCAUCUUUAUUAAAAGACCAGACAUUAUCAGAAGAAAUAAAACAUUCACUGGAAGAUCCAAACGAUCUACUGCCACUACCAAAGCUAUUCCUGCCUCAAAGUUUCAGAAUCACUUCUCUACGUUAAGUUUGGAUAACAACAAAGGUUUCAGACAGGAAUACGACCACUUCAGUCUUGUCAGUGCAGAUCAGCCACAAAAAGUAGCCACACAACCCGAGAACAAAGUGAGAAACCGUUUCAGCGAUGUGCUGCCAUAUGACUGGAAUCGAGUGAAGCUAACUUCGUCUGGAUUCACUGAGAGCUCCGACUACAUAAAUGCCAGUUACAUGCCAGGAUAUAGGAACAACAGAGAGUACAUCGCCACUCAGGGUCCUCUUCCUGCAACAGUCGAUGAUUUCUGGAGAAUGAUUUGGGAACAACAAGUGAAAGGAAUUGUCAUGGUAACCAACUGUACUGAACUUGGACAGACCACGUGUGAACAAUACUGGCCUUCUGGCCGCCAGUCUCGCCUUUUUGGAGAGCUGUCCGUCACCACCAUAUCAGAGCAGCAGGAGCCCAACUGGACGUUGAGGACAUUCAGUGUGAAACAUAGAAACACCUCUGAAGAACGCACAGUGAAACACUUCCACUUCACAGCCUGGCCUAACCGUGGCGUCCCUCAGGGCACUGACGUCCUGAUCCAGUUCAGAGGACUAAUGAGGCAGCACAUCGAGAGAGAUGGAGGCAGAGCGCCAACUGUGGUUCACUGCAGUGAUGGUGUGGGAAGAACAGGUACCAUCAUCGCUUUGGAUGUGCUGCUUCAGCAGCUGGAGAACGAGCAAGCUGUGGGCAUCAACGCCUUCGUGCACAGGAUGAGGCUGAAUCGACCCUCCAUGGUGCAGACAGAGUCCCAGUAUGUUUUUCUUCACCAAUGCAUCGCGGACAGCCUGAAGAGAACAGAGGAUCACAUAUAUGAGAAUGACGACAUGAUCUACGUCAAUGCAGCAGAGCUCCGCGAACUUCAUUAGCAAACAAAUAUCGAUAAAUCAGUUUGUCCUCAAAAUACUUUAUUCACUUUAAGAAAGAUUUGUCUUUGUUGUUGUAUUUGAAACUUUUGCUUAUUUGUAGAUUUUAUGU